AUGUCGUUCUUCAUUGAAAACCCCAAUGUGGGUAAUCAUAGUCACCUAGAAGACUCCCGAAUUCUCGGCUACAAUCCCCUCACCCCACCAAACCUCCUCCAGCAUGAGAUCGCCUUGACAGAGAAGUCACGCCAAACCGUCCUUCAAGGACGUGAGGAGGCAGUGGCCAUUGUACACGGGACUGAUACCGAGAAGCAACGUCUGCUUGUCGUAGUUGGCCCCUGCUCGAUCCACGACCCAGACAUGGCGCUGGAAUACUGUGAUCGUCUUCUGAAAUUAAAAGAGAAGUACGCCGAUGAGCUGUUGAUUGUCAUGCGAUCCUACCUUGAGAAGCCGCGCACCACAGUCGGUUGGAAGGGCUUGAUCAACGAUCCCGACAUCGACAACAGUUUCAAGAUCAACAAGGGUCUUCGUACUUCCCGACAGCUCUUUGUCGACCUAACCAACAAGGGCAUGCCCAUCGCCUCGGAAAUGCUCGACACCAUCUCUCCCCAGUUCCUUGCCGAUUGUUUAUCGCUCGGCGCUGUGGGCGCCCGUACUACUGAGUCACAGGUCCACCGCGAGCUGUCCUCAGGUCUGUCCUUCCCUGUCGGCUUCAAGAAUGGCACCGACGGUACUCUUGACGUGGCUGUUGACGCUAUCGGCUCUGUGAAGCACCCUCACCACUUCCUGUCUGUGACCAAGCCUGGUGUGGUGUCCAUUGUGGGUACUGUGGGCAACCCUGAUUGCUUCGUUAUUCUGCGGGGUGGUAAGAAGGGCCCCAACUACGAUGCCGCUAGCAUCGCCGAGGCCAAGUCCAAGCUCACUGCGAAGGGCUUGCCUGCUCGUUUGAUGGUGGAUUGCAGCCACGGCAACUCCGAGAAGAACCACAAGAACCAGCCCAAGGUUGCGGCUGUAUUGAGUGAACAGAUCGCGGCCGGUGAAGACGCUAUCAUGGGUGUGAUGAUCGAGAGCAAUAUCAACGAAGGAAACCAGAAGGUUCCCCCCGAGGGUAAGGCUGGCCUGAAAUACGGUGUCAGUAUCACCGAUGCCUGCAUCGGCUGGGAGGACACCGAGACCACCCUCGAAACUUUGGCACAAGCCGUUCGUGCCCGCAGACAGAAAACCAACGGAGCAAACUAA